AGCCGAGUAGGCGGCCCAGAAGGAAUAGGAGAGCUGGCGUAGCGCGGGGAGCAUCCGGGGAGAAUCAGGGAGGAGCGUGGAGAGCAUCGGAGGAGGAUCCGGGGAGGAGCAUCAGAGGAGGAUCAGAGAGGAGCGCGGAGAGCAUCGGAGGAUCACGGAGGAGCGCGGGGAGCAUCGGACGAGGACCAGGGGAGGAGCAUGGGGAGAAGCAGGAGGAGAAGCACGACAGGACUGUGUGUGACCACUGCUGGAUGGCGCAGGAUGGGACUUGUACUGGUCCCUCAGCAGAAGUUAGGUGAUGGGAGCACAUGUUACUGUGGCUGUGGUCGCAGGAUGGGAAGCAUCUGAGACGAAGGGGGACCAGUGAGGAGACUACUUCCAGGAGCACAGGCGGCCAGGACCACCGAGUGCACGCUGACAGCCACGCGCCAGGCUCGCAGGUGGCGGGGACCACGCAGCGCACGCGGACGGCAGGCGCGGGGAGCUCUGGUGGCUGGGACCACCGAGUGGCGGCCGGCGGCGGCUAGAGAGGCCCAAAAGUCCUUCGCGCAGCCGCAACCGCAGCCCCGCCCCGCCCCGGGGGCGCUACUUUCGGAACUGUUGGGGUGCGGCGAGCUGGCUCCCCUGGUCCGGUUGGGGUUGCCGAGGAGCCGCCUCCUCCCGCGAGGGGACCCCGGGGAGGCAGCGCCGGCCUCCGGGUAGGUGCCGCAGCCUCGCAGUGUGUGCAAUCGGGACUCCGGGUCACACACACACACACACCCGCCGCGACGAUGGGGGCCAGAUCGCGCACCGUUCGAAGACAAGGGCCAUCUGUCAGUUUUCUUCGUGAUGAACGAUUUCUCUAUUUUAGAAAGGAAAAUAAAAUACUCUCAAGAAGAGCCUGUCCCUAAGCAAAGACCCAAGCUGGAUCCUCCUGCAGGAGCACGGCGGCCCACUAGAGCCAGAUCCAGGAUGGCUGGAGAAUCGGCGGAGAGCACAGCCUGGGACGCCCAGCCCACAGAGAACCACAUGGGGCCUCUGGUGGUGAAGACGGAAGCCGGAGAGGCCUCUGCCCCCGUGCGGGACGCCAGCCCCCAUCGGGGUCCUGAAGACUCGCGCCCGCGCUUCCGGGGCUUUCGCUACCCUGAGGCCGAGGGGCCCCGCGAGGCGCUGCGCCGGCUCCGCGAGCUGUGCCGCCAGUGGCUGAGCCCGGAUAUACACACCAAGGAGCAGAUCCUGGAGCUGCUGGUGCUGGAGCAGUUCCUGACCAUCCUGCCCGCCGAGCUCCAGGCCUGGGUGCGGGGACAGCACCCGGAGAGCGGGGACGAGGUGGUGGUGCUCCUGGAGCACCUGCAGAGACAGCUGGAGGCGCCGACACCGCAGGUCCCAGGUGGUGACCAGGGCCAAGAGCUUGUCUGUUGCGAGAUGGCAGCACUGACACCUUCCCGCGGAUCACGGAGUGCCCAGUUCCAGCCGGUGAGGGCUCUGCUCAAGCAUGAAUCUCUGGGGUCACGGGCCUUACCAGGCACAGUUCUCCAGGGUCCUGGGCUUGCCCCGGGAGGGCGCUGCAGAGGAGACGCAGUGGUGGCGGCCAGGCUGCCCCCAGAGCCCCAGGGCUUGCUGAAAACGGAAGACGUGGCCCUGGCUUUCUCCUCUGGCUGGGCGCAGCUGGAUUCCUCUCGGGGGAGCUUCCACGGAGAUGAAGGGCGGGAGAACCCCAGCGGCCUGACCUCCCCGGGUGGUGAAACAGAGGCCGAGAUCCGGGCCCUGCCUGUGGACGAGGUCCGGCCAGUACAAGAGGCUGGGGGAAUACCACGCCCCCUGCGUGAAGACACUGCCCAGAUUCCUGAAGGCACUGAAGCUGGCGAACAGGAGGGCAGGUUCCCGAGAAAGCAGAAAACUGCCACAGGAAUUAGGAGGCACUACUGUCAUGAAUGUGGAAAGAGUUUUGCUCAGAGUUCAGGCCUGACUAAACACAGGAGAAUCCACACCGGGGAGAAACCCUAUGAAUGUGAAGACUGUGGCAAGACCUUCAUCGGGAGCUCUGCCCUCGUCAUCCAUCAGAGAGUCCACACUGGGGAGAAACCCUAUGAGUGUGAGGAAUGUGGCAAGGUGUUCAGUCACAGCUCAAACCUCAUCAAACACCAGAGAACCCAUACUGGGGAGAAGCCCUACGAGUGUGAGGAGUGUGGGAAAACCUUCAGCCAGAGUUGCAGCCUCCUUGAACAUCACAAAAUCCACACGGGGGAGAAGCCGUAUCAGUGCAACAUGUGUGGCAAAGCUUUUAGGCGGAAUUCACAUCUCCUCAGACACCAGAGGAUCCACGGCGAUAAAAACGUGCAGGAUCGUGAAUGUGCAGAGACCUGGGAGAGUCAGGGGAGGGUGGAAAGCCGGUGGGAAAACGUUGAGGCUCCCGCGUCUUACACAUGUAACGAGUGUGACAGGAGUUUCACUCGGAGUAGAAGCCUUAUCGAACAUCAGAAAAUCCACACUGGUGAGAAACCCUAUCAGUGUGACACAUGUGGGAAAGGCUUCACCCGAACUUCAUACCUUGUUCAACACCGGAGGAGCCAUGUUGGAAAGAAAGUUCUAUCACAGUGAGCCACGUCGUACGUGCCAGAGUUGUUCAUUCCUCACAGAACUGGGCUGAGGCUUUACUGACCGCUACAUGCCAUCCUGUGUUAGAAGGCCGAGUCUGGAGGGAUGCAUUGUCUUCUACAUUCUAGAAGGUGGCUGGGAAACAGCUUGUUUGAUAGGAGGCUCUGGGAGAAUUGUCUGGCAGAGGUAGGACAUGAAAUGAUUGUUCUCACCUACUGGACUGAAAUGGGCCUCCAGACUGGCUGACCACCUCCAGCCAGCACUCGAUGACGUCUCCUGGCGAGAUGGCUCUGAUGUGGGGGCUGCUGCUGUGACUGUUCAUUUUCCAUAUAAUGGGUCCUCCACAGUCAGAUUUGUGACAUCUUAUGCCUCCCAGUGUGCCUUAAACACAGGUGCUAAUAAACAUUAAAUUUAACACUGAAAUGACCUUUGUAGAUCUGCAUCACAAUACCAACUAGAUUUGUGAGGAGCUUCUCAUGAAACCUGGUGGAGCUUGUGUCUAAUUCGGAGGCUCUAGACUCUGAGUUAAUCUAGUGCCGUUUUUGCCAAUCAGAGGAUUGGCAGUGGGGUGCGUGUGGGGUUACUGUGAUAGAAGGAAUCCAAUUUCUUGACCAGACUAGGAAUUUUCAUGUGAAUACCUCAAACAGGCUCUUCAUCAUUAAAUCACUGUGAAUGUGUGCCACUCUUGGGAUUCCAUUCUUUAAUAUCACUAGUCUUUGCAGAGAAAAUAGUCCUAUGCAGACUGUAUGAAAAUUAAUCAAAUCAAAAUAAAAUGAUAAAUUCUCUAA